GCAAGGAGUUGCGGAAACCUGGGCACUCUUGACGCUUUCCCUAAGGAGUGAAGACCAGACACGGUGUGAGCCUUUCCCCCCCUAGCUACUACACAGCUAAGAGGACAUAAGAGACGUUCAAAUGCACGCCUCCUAUGGCUUCUAAGGCCUGGAGGUUCACAUAGAAAUGCUGGGACAACCAUCUAGCGGUGGCUGAACUACGAAGUGAAUUCAGCAGCAAAGCGAUGAGCAUCGGCUUGAGUUCUAUGCGGUCAGCCUGGCCCUUCUCCUUGAGGGAGAGAUGUUCUCCUGUUUUCUCUGUUUCUCUCAGCAUCCUGGACAGCAUUACUGAAGCCCUCUGGUGAUUCACAGGUAUGUCAGGUACCAAUGUUACACUGGCAUUGUGCAAGGAUCACAGUGCCAAUCACCGACUGCACCUCGUGGGGUACAGCCUAAUCUUCACAGCAGGCUUGCUACUCAACGUUGCCGCAAUCUGGAUCUUCCUGUACUACCUGAAACUCAAGUCCGUGGUGAGCAUCUACAUGUUAAAUUUGGCCGUGAGCGACCUCCUCUUCACAAUAUCGUUGCCCUUCCGAAUUUACUACUAUUCCAUGGGGGAAUGGCCCUUUGGGACCUUUCUUUGCCAGGUCUCUGGCUCUGUCUUCCAAAUAAAUAUGUACGGUAGCUGCCUCUUCCUAAUGUGUAUCAACCUGGAUCGCUUUGUCGCUAUUGUCUACCCACUACGCUGCCGCCACCUCCGGCGCCCCAAGGUGGCUCGGCUGCUCUGCCUCGUGGUCUGGGUGCUGAUCUUUGUUGGCUCUGUUCCAGUGGCUGGUGUCCACAAAACAACUUCUUGUACCAAACAAAGUCAGAACAUCACUCUGUGUUUCGAAAGCUUCAGCGACGGCCUAUGGCAGAAAGGGCUCUUCCCCCUGGUCAUUCUAGCGGAGAUCCUUGGCUUUCUCCUGCCUCUGACCUCCGUGACAUACUGCUCAUUCCGAAUUUUUCAGAAACUGUGCCAGGCUGCUGGGGCGCACAGCAUGCGCCAACAGAAGACAAUCCGUAUGCUUGUGGUCAACCUGGUCAUCUUUAUCAUCUGCUUUGUACCUUACAACAUCAUUCUGGCUGCAUAUGGCAUGAUAAAGGCCCAUGUGAUCCAGACUACGCCACCCAUGCAGGAUUCAAUGCGCCAGGCCCUUGUUGUCACUGUGCUGUUGGCCAGUAUGAACUGCACUCUGGACCCCCUGAUCUACUACUUCAACACAGAGGGUUUCCGAAAUACUUUAAAGAAGCUGAGAAAGGGUCAAACUUGGGACUCUGAAAUGGGAACACUUCAGACUCGCGUGAUAGGAGGCAAGGCCUACCAGGCGCCACGGGCUAAGCCAGGCGCCAAACAGUUCCCGGCUCAGAACUUGAUCCUCCCCUGUGAGGGUUUGCCAUUUGCUCCCCCUAAGAUAUUUUUGAACAGUCCUAUUGAAGACUCUGAAAUAUAAGAAUGGAUGG